UCCUUGUGUAGUUUAGUCAGCCAUGUUGGCUGCUCUGUGGCUGGUUGGUCUUUCUCUUCCCAUGUUAUGGGCCCAGAGACUAAUCAGCUGUCCCUACAAGAAUGUGUGUCAGUAUGCCCUGCUCUCAGGCAAUGAUGUGAUCCUGCAGUGUAACUACCCCAAAGCACUGUGGUAUUUUUCUUCAUCUUUAGAGGACAAACCGUCCCUGCUCAACUCUAUGCCUGAUGCGAAGGUACUGCCUGGGAGCGACCUGCAGUUGUCUGACCCUAAGCCUUCCCAGACAGGGCUCUACCAAUGCCUGGAUGAUCAUAAGGCCCGUGUAGUAGAAUAUGAGAUUGACUUCCAGGACAUAGCUCUGUUGCAUGUCACACACAAAGACCUGGGCCAAGAGCCCAUGGGAAAUGAAAGUGUGAGCCUAGGAGGCAACGUACUUGUUUUUACCCGCUGGGAUCCUUGGCAAGAUUGUAACCGUUGCCAAAAGCCUGGUGAGCGCAAACGUCUAGGCUACUGCUAUGUGGAGGAGCCCCUAGAAAAGCCCAUGCCUUGCUGGCUCUACCUAAGGGAGGAGAAGGUGACCAAUAACCGCCUGCGACCUGAACUCCAGGUACAAGCCUGCCAGGUGCCCUGUGACACCGCCAUGGAAACCAACCAGCCGUACUUCAUCUUUGACACAUAUCUGCUGGACAAACCCAACAACUAUGCUCGACUCAAGUGUCCCUUGGCUUCCAUCUACAGGCCUAUCCACUGGGAAGCCAACGACAGCCCUCUGACAUGGCAGGACCAGCUCUCUGGCCAGGAAAUCAGCACCAUCAUGGACCUGCCCAGCGGUGGCCAGCACCUC